UGAAGUUGACACCAAAAGCUCUGGUGUUCGUUUCAAGAUGACUUCUGUAGGUUUGUCGCACUUUUUGUAGUCGUAUUUUUGGGUUUAUUCCUCGUCAGACCCCCUGCCGCCGGUGAUGGAGCAGUUUGACGAGAAGAUGAGCUCCAGGAAUGAAGAGUCAGAGACGAGCCUUCAGGCCCAACUAGCCGAGUGCCGAGCUCAGGCCGAACACUGGCAGGGUGUGGCGACUAUCUGUGAGCUGAGCAAACAGGAGGAACUGGCAGAGCUGCAAAAACAAUGUGAUCAAGAGAUUCAGUCUCUGCAAGAGGCUCUCAGAGAGACCGCAGCGCAGUAUGAGGCCAGGAUCGCUGUUCUGCAGUCUCAGCCAGUGGAGUGGAGGAGAGCCAGCGGACAGAGCCUGAUCAGUGGAAGAAAAGGCAGGAUGGAAGCAGAAGCUGCCAGUAAUGAAUCGCCGCCCUCCAUCACUAACAGCCUGUCUCAUGCCGAGGCUACGGCACUGACGGACAGGAUGCACAGCCAACCGGCGGAGCUCGAGGCAGCAGCAGAGGGAGAAGGGGCGGCACUUACGACAGAGGGGUAUUUUUCGUUGCGGAACUGCGACUCGGCCUCGUUGUCCUCCUUCUCCUUAGACACUCCCUCUCUGCCCAGAAAACCCCAUGCUCAGGAUGAUACCGACUCGCUGGUCUCCACGGGAACUUUGGUGCCUGAAGCUAUCUACCUGCCGCCCGCUGGACAUCGGCUGGUCACGCACAGCGACUGGGAUGCACUUAAUGCUCAGGUGUCAGAGCUCCGUGGGGAGUUGAGUCGACUGCAGGCUGAGAAGGAGGAGCUGGAGAAAGAACUGGAUACACAGACCAACCACACACACAAACAGGUGUCAAUGCUCCAGUCUCAGGUCCAGACUUCAGAGGCCCUGCUCCAGGAUUUACAGAAAUCUUUUAGCCUAUCACAGAACGCGGUCCAGGGUCGGCUGGCCGAGCUGUCCCUCUCCCAGAGGAAGAUGUGCAGUGAGCUGUCCAGACUGAAAGGAGAGGAGGUCGAGGAUGAGGGACCAGAGUCCAGCUCAUCAUUCCCAGCAACACUGCAGGGGGCGCACUGUGAGGAGCGCCUUCGUAUUGAGAUAGUCAACCUGAGGGAGCAGCUGGACAGCCGGGCAGAGGAGUAUGAAGUUUUAGAAGUGCAGCUUUCCAGUCUAAAGACAGAGACCGAGAGGAUCCAGGCACAAAAGGACCAGCUGCAGGCUGAGCUGCUGGCCUGCCGCACUGAACUUGAAGCCCUGCGGGUGGCACUCUCUCAUGUACAGACCAACAACAAGACGCUCACUAAUGAUAAAGCGGCCCUGCAGCAGCAGUGUCUGGAGCUGCGCAGCCAAGUGAUCAGCCUGCGCUCCCAGGUUGACACCAGCCAGACUGUUCAGAGGGACUUUGUGCAGCUCUCCCAGUCGCUGCAGGUGAAGUUGGAGUUGAUUCGGCAGGCUGAGAAUCUUGAACAAGUCAGAGAAAUCCUGGAGGAGGGAGUCAGUGAACCUGGCGCCCCACCUGCCGACGCCUCAUGAGUUUCAGAGUGUCACAUUGGAACCAAAGAGCAGAGACCAAGAUGAAACCCCCCCCUAGAGUGACCAAUAAAGCUCAAAUGACCAUGGCCCCAUGAAAUACUGAUGCUGUGGUAGAGAGACCACUGGAAUCAUCAGAGCUGGUGCUGCUAGCACUUGUAUAGUGACACUGAGGAAGGUGUACAUACUCCUAGACAAACACAAUUGUUUCUUUCAGAGAUGGUGGUUUGGUGUCUGAGAUAAUUGCUUAUGACUGAAACGGUUGCUUGGUGACCAAAGUGAUUUUUGAUGAACCGUGACUACUUAAAAUUGUCUCACACUCCGUUUUUCAUACAUCCAGUAACACAUUUAUUACUGUAGUAAUAGACAUGUAAAUAUAUUCUGUUCAUAAAACUGACUCCAGCAAAAACACUCAACAGUCCAACACUUUUUUGCACUCUUGAUAAUUAAUAUGCAACUACAUGAUGACUUUCACAUGCAGACUUUUAUGCAUCUUCUUUGUGAAGAGAUAUGAGGACCUCUGGAAGCAACGGAUCACAGUGCAAUAAUGAAUAAUGAAGUGAUGCAAAACAGAGGGACUCCCCUAAAUUAACUGCAAUUCAGAUGUGAUUUUAUUAAAUAUAUUAAUUUGUUGUUUUUGUCUUAGCCUAGCAUUAACGCUUUGUGUUCUUACUACAACCAGUAGCUUUUAGAUUUCCAGCAAAUAUGAU